AUGGAUUCUCAGAUUAAGCACGCCGUGGUGGUGAAAGUGAUGGGUCGCACGGGGUCAAGGGGUCAGGUGACUCAGGUUAGAGUGAAGUUCACGGACUCUGAUCGUUUCAUCAUGCGUAAUGUUAAAGGACCUGUGAGGGAAGGCGACAUCCUCACCUUGCUCGAGUCCGAGAGAGAAGCCAGGAGACUUCGUUAAUUUACCUUCCUUCCUUCUUCCUCCACAGGUGGACAGAACCAAUGUCUCUUUUUGUUUGCUUCUUGUUACUUUAUUAGUGAUUACGCACUUGGAUUGUGUUUGGUUGUUGCUAUAAGACAAUUCCUGGAUUGAUAUUUGUUCUGGCUCUUUUGGGUCUUUGUUUGAAUCUCAUCAUCCGCACAUCAAUAAUUUAUAGAUUAGUACAUUCGUAAUUCCAAUAAGCAAUGGUUAGUUAAUAUUUUAGGACAUCAACUGAAAUUGUGGAAUUCAAACAAGAA